UGCUCUGUAGCCAUGGAUCCUCUCUCUGCUCUUCGUGACUACACGAGCCGAGGAGACCUCCAAAAAAUCGUCAGAAUGGGUGAUGAAUUUUUCUUUGGCGAUGAGUACUCUUUUCCCUGCAAUUCUCCCACUUCUUUCCGAUCGAAACAAGGUAGUCUUUAUACCCUAGACUCUCUGGUUCACUACGUUAACAAUGCCCACCUUAAACACACAGAUUACAUGCAAAAUGCCCGUUUGUUGAAGCUCCAACCGGUCACUUUUACGGAUAGGAAACCCCUUCUUGAUUACCUUCAAGGAAAGAUUUCAUCUCACGACUCAAUUGAACCGGUCUCCAUAAACCCUAAUUUCCCAAACCCUGGUUUUGCAAACCCUAGUUUUGCAAGUGUAUCUGAUCAACCCCUGGGCUAUGAUCCGUCUGCUCCUGAAAAGACCCUAAAUUCGAAUUUCACCCCAUCGCUGAAUCUCAAUUCCAUUGCUGAAGCACCCAUCUCACUAAACCCUAGUUUUCCUGGACUAAAUUAUGGCAAUGAUCCUGGUGCCCAAAAUUACGGUUUUGACCCUAGUGUUACUGUCGAUGAGCCUGCAAGUGCCAAUGGUCUGGUUGGAGAAGAAGGAAACAAGAAGAAACCUAGGAUUUUGGAUGGGACAGGGGCAGGAUAUAUCAAUUUGAUUAGGACAAUGGAGAGGCCAUUGAAGGAUAGGGAAACUCUGUUGGAGUGUAGACACAGAGACUUUCACACCAUUUUGUUAAAUUCUAGUAAGAGAGAGGAAGAGAAAGUCCGAAGGGAUGGGGUUUUGGUGAAGAGUAGAGGAGAUGAUCGAAACUAUUCUGAAGAUUUUGGGCCAAGAGAUUCGAAAUAUAUCAGUGUUUUGAGGCCGUCGAAAGGGAGCAAAGUAGGUGAAGGGGUGCCGAUUAUUCUGGUUCCAAGUGCGUUCCAGACUCUAAUUACUAUUUAUAAUGUCAAGGAAUUUUUGGAAGAUGGGGUGUUUAUACCAACUGAUGUUAAGGUUAAGGCCAUGACUGAUGUGAAGCAGACAAAACCAGAGUGUGUAACUGUGCAAAAAAAGUUUAGUAGAGAUAGGGUUGUUGCUGCCUAUGAAGUUAGGGAUAAGCCAUCGGCUCUAAAGGCGGAGGAUUGGGACCGGGUUGUAGCAGUCUUUGUUCUCGGAAAAGAGUGGCAAUUUAAGGAUUGGCCAUUCAAGGAUCAUGUCGAGAUCUUCAACAAAAUAAUUGGAUUUUACAUGCGUUUUGAGGACGAUAGUGUGGAAUCUGCUAAAACAGUAAAGCAAUGGAACGUUAAGAUCAUUUCGAUAAGCAAGAAUAAGCGGCACCAGGACAGGGCGGCAGCUCUUGAGGUUUGGGAUCGGCUAGAGGAGUUUGUUCGUUCACGUUCUCAUUCUUGAUGUGCUGCAAGGUGUCUCUUGCAUUUUUGAUACUUCUUAUACUACUGAAUUGUAUGGAGCUGCACUGAUAGAUUUGGUGGAUUCGCACUGAUUUGUCUCGACACAUGAAAGGGAUGAUUUCCGUACAACCAGAGAGCUAGCUGAUCUUUUAAUUUGACGUCACAAAAGUGUAGACGAUUGAUGAUCCCCAUCAAAGAAAAUAUCUUCAGCAUGAAGAGGCUUCAAUUGCCCACUUCCAAAAAGAAAAAAAAAGAAGAAGAGAGGCUUACAAAUAGCCCGUAUGCAUCAUUUUGUCACGUAUUUAUGGCUGCGAAAUAUAAAUAACAAGUCAUACCAGAAGUUUCUUCUCUCUAGUGGUUCUCAGAACUGUUGAAUAGUUUUCCUCUCUGUAGUUGCUGUUGAGAAUUUCUUCCUAGUAAUGUGAUAUGGUGACUUUUGCAAACCUCAGAAAUUUUCGAGUGCUCAAAACCUUGUCCCAGUUUGUGCUUCAAUUGUGGUAAUACAUGUAUCAUAAACUUUUAGGAGUUAAUUUAUUAUUCCUUGUAUCAUGAAGUUGUUGAAAUUUUUUGAGUGAAGAUGGCUGCUGUUAUAAGGAA